CGCAACCUACCUACCUCUAUGCGAGAUGAAUACACCCACCCCUUCGCCCGUGAUGUAAGUAAAAGAGUUGGCAUCGCUGCCGCCGAGGGCCGCUAUAUCGCUGCCUCGAUCCAAUGCGCCUGGUCUAAGCUCAAUAUCUACUACCCUAAGCUCGCUGACUCGCCCUUAUUUGCGGCCUCUAUUAUCCUACAUCCCGAGUACUCGAUGACGUAUCUCGAAGGUCUGUGGAAUGCAGAUUUCCAACUCGAAUGA